ACGAAUAACUUACAGCGCCGCUAGGCAUUUAGUGUGGUCACUGUGAGAACUAGUGGAAAGUUUUUUUUAUUGUGACGAUUUCUGGUCAAAAUAGUAUUUUUUUAAAGCAAAAUACCCCAAAAUAUGCCCAAAUAAUUAGCUGAAUUAAGAGCAAAUUUGUGCAUGAAAGGGAUCACGGGGAGAAAGAAGCAAGCCGCUUGUGUUUUAAUGCAGGGAAAUUAACAAAAAUUGCGGAAAGCUUAACCUGUUGGUGUGCUGUAUGCCCCGCAAAACCUCGAUGUGGCGUUGAUUUGGAGCCCCAUCGAGUGCACCUGAGCUAUUUGGAAUUUCUCACAGAAGCAGGACACUGGACGGCACCAUCCUGUCGAAGGUUAUAACACGAAGUGCAAAACGCAAAAUGUAUCAACAGCAGAAUAUGCUAUCUUUCACCCCUGACGCCAAUCGAAUCAUGACGCAGUCAAACAACAAUGGGAUCAUGAAUUAUGUGUCAGGGUACCCACAGGAGGUGGAUGUGAAGCUGAAGAAGUUGGCAUUCUUUGACAUUCUCGCCACAUUGGUCAAUCCAUCCCUGCUGGCACCCACAUCGUCACAGCGUCUUCAUGAGAACACCCUCUAUUUCACCCUGUCACCCACCCAAGCUACGGAAAUUGCCAGCAAUCGUGACAUCAGGAAUGCCACAAGGGUUGAGCACAUAGUGCAGGUUCAGCUGCGAUUCUGCCUCAUGGAUACAGCCACUGAGCAGGAUGAUUACUUUCCACCCAAUAUCUCUGUCAAAGUCAACGGGAAGCAGUGUCAACUGCCGAAUCCCAUUCCAACAAAUAAGCCUGGUGUUGAACCAAAACGUCCACCGAGACCUGUAAAUAUCACUGGAAACAUAAAAGCAUCACCUCUGGUGACAAAUACCGUACAAGUUAGUUGGUGUUCGGAAUUUAAUCGUGGUCACGUUGUCUCUAUUUACCUUGUGAAGAAACUCACAUCUCCACAACUCCUGCAGCGGCUUAAGACAAAAGGAAUUAAAUCAGCUGACAUUACGAGGAACCUAAUCAUAGAUAAACUAAAGGAGGAUGCAGACUGCGAUAUUGCCACAACAAUGCUAAGGGUAUCACUUAUAUGUCCUCUGGGGAAGAUGAGGAUGUCAACACCAUGCCGUGCAUCAACCUGCUCCCAUCUACAGUGCUUCGAUGCGUGUUUGUAUCUACAGAUGAAUGAGCGGAAGCCCACGUGGAAUUGCCCAGUGUGCGAUAAGCAGGCAGUUUAUGAGAAUUUGGUCAUUGAUGGGUACUUCCAAGACGUGAUUGCAUCGAAGAAUCUUGGACCUGAUAGCAAUGAGAUUCAACUACAUGAGGAUGGCUCAUGGAGUGUACACGUCCUGAAAUCAGAUGCACAAACACUCGAUACACCAGUUAAGCCAGCCCAGAAAGUUGAGAUAAUUUCAGAUGAUUUAGUAAUUUCGACAAAGUGCGAUGAUAAGUCGGGCAGCAAUCACGGGGUAGAACCUUCAUCCACCACAGGUGUCACAGUUGAUCUAACACUGAGUGAUUCCGAUGAUGAUUUACCUCUGAAGCGAAAGCAAAAUUCUGGCAAUUCCAAUCGCUAGCUGAUUUUUUUGUACAACCUUCAUUUUCUUUUUAAUUUAAAAACUCUGAACAAAAUCUCACCACCCCCACUCUUUUUUGUCCCCCCUUUGGUAUGUUAGAGGAAUUGAAAAAAAAUUCAAAAUGUAAACUAAAAUGGAUAAAAUAAACAAAAGAAUAGAACUUAUUGAAAACA